UUUAACGGGGGGACGUUCGACUAGGCCGCAGCGCUGCCCGCGCGCGGGAACAUUAUCGCUAACUAAGUGACGAAAUGUCACUUUUUGUUGAUAAUUCACCGCGUGGCGCAUUUAAAUCGAGUUUAUAAGUUCACUUAUAUCCACUUGUUAGCCCGGCACGGAAGCCGCUGCUGGUUUUAACGCUGUGACGUGGAUUAAGUGGCAGUUUUGGGAUACGUGCUAACGUUAGCAUAUACGCUGUGCUAACGCGGCUAAUGCUAAAUGAGAUAAAGUGGCUGCAGUGAGCUCGGACUGAUGACUGGACCGUCACAACCCCGAAACAGUCUGAUACACUGAUAUUUACACGGUUCAUCCCUUCCUCUCUCCACUCUGCGGCUCCUGGUCCCACCAAUCAGGCUGGUGUCUGCAGCCAUCUGGCAGACAGUGGAGCAGAAGAUUGUGUCCGACUAUGGACUUCUCGAGGAGUUUGUGUUCAUGGUCACGGAGAUCGUGCCUCAGCUUCUCUCCACGAGGCAACGGGCAGAACUCAUCUUGGGUCUGAGAGCACGGCUGAUCCUGGAGCUGUGUCGCUCUGAGGAGACUGCUGACCUCCAGAUUAUUCAGCCACAUCUAGACCGAAUGCAGAACCUCAGAUCUCUGUGGAACGUGGAGACUGAAAACGCAGAACAAGAGUCGUCUGACUCACAUUUCAUGGGCCUUGUCCAGAAUCUGCUGAGAGAUCCUCAAGAGAGGAGAAGCUUUUUCCAGGAUGUUUUCCCAGGAGAAUUUGGCCCCACAUAUGACAAAGCAAUCCAGACACUGAUGUGGCUGUUUCUGUCAAGACUUGAAAAGCUUCUUCCCACACAAACGCUCCAACAGAUUGCAUCUCUGCUCAGUGACACCUCGUCUGUUCUCAAUGAAUGCAUGGAAACCUUCAGUCAACCACAGGAGCUGAAAACCUUGCUGGGCACACAGAAAGACCUCAGCCAGUUGGAGGACAUGGAAUCUUACAUUGUUGACAGUGGCAUCUUGUCAGCUCUGUGUCUCCCUCCUGUGGAAAGAGUUGUAAUUGUCAAUGAGCAAACAGAAAGUGGUGCAGACAGCGGCCUCGUGUAUACAGUCUGCACAGAGAUGGAGGUGGAAUCUGAGAACAAAGAGGUGUACAUGCAGGGUACUGGGAACUCUGAAGAGAGCGCGCAAACCCAGUGGUUCGGUCUCAGCAGCGAGGUUAAAGCAGAAAUGGACAAUGUGGUGGUUACAGAUCCUGCUGAAGGCAACGAGGCCAGUGAGGGUGAAAUGGCAGAUGACAACCCUGAAGAGCAACCUGAAACACUGAUGAUCGGGGAGGAUGGCCAGGUGACUGUGCUUGACGGCGUGGAGAAGAAGCCAAAUAGACGCGGGAGGAAAAAGAAACGUCCCGCAGAUGAAGACUUUGAAGUACAGGGCAGAACAAGGGGCAGAAAAGAAGAUCCAGAGUUUGACAUCUUGUGGGAGAGACCAGUGCGAAAGAACCGUGGACUAAAGAUGAAACGGUACCUGUCGCAGUGGAGGAAAACUGGAAAGACACAGGGCAGCGUUGCCGCUAACAGCGGUGUCAAAAAGUUUGCCAGAUCCCAGGGUGCAGCCAAAAGCAACGACCUGGACGAGAGAACGUGCAAAGUGUGCGGCAAGGUGGUGAGUCACGCCAAGUUCCUAGAGCGUCACAUGAACCGACAUUCAGAGGAGCUGCCCUUCUCUUGUCCUACCUGUAAAAGAUUUUAUAAGAGCCUGCGUUACCUGCAACAACACAGAUGCACAAGUCUGACAAAAGCAAAGCCUGGCAGGAAAGCAAAGGAACAAGAGACAGCAGCAGAGGAGGGUGAACAGUCAUCCAGCGGAGUUCCCUGUGAGGCAACCGGUGACGAGCAGCCGACAGACAACAUGAGCCAGGACCCCGAUUACUCGCCCUCUGCAGAGCGGUCUUCCAGAGAGGAAGAGAGAGAAAGCCCAGACGGAAACAAAAGUAUAAUAGAAGGUCCGUUCUACUGUCCUCACUGCAGUGUGGAGUUUAAGUGCAAACAGACUUUUAGGUUCCAUUUAAGAAACAUUUGCUACAAUGAGCAACAGGUGGAUCCUGAGAAGCCUGAGGAUCUUAAGCAUUGUUUCCAGUGUGACGAAUGCGAUAAGGCAUUCAAGUACAAGUCAACUUUGGACUCCCACAAACAAACUCACAACCCGCUCUACUGCGAGGUGUGCAUGAAACUGGUACGAGACCCCGAGGCAUUGGCGAUGCACAAAGAAUCCCACACUCCUUUCCAGUGCAACCAGUGUGAGGAGAAUUUCCCUGUGUUCAAGGCCCUUCACAAGCACUACAUCGACGUCCACAAUCCCACUGAGCCUUUCACCUGCACCCACUGUCAGACAACUUUCGCCAGUUUGAAACGUUUCAUCAGACAUGAGUGGAAACACACCGGUUACCAACCGUUUCAGUGUCCCCACUGCAGUAAACGAUUCCGAUCAUACUCCGACCUCGUGGAACACCAGAAGAAACACACUAAAGCGUAUCCGUUCCUCUGCUGGGAAUGCGGCAAGAAAUUCCGGCACGGCGUUACGCUGACGAGGCACGUGGAGCGCGUGCAUCACGCCGGUGAACCUGUGAUGGAGAAGCCCAUGCCGACCUUCACCUGCGCUCAGUGUGGGAAGACCUUCACCUCGAGAAGAUGCCUCCUGAAACACGACAAUUUCCAUCACAAAGGGCUGCGUUUCCCGUGCGAGCACUGCGGAAAAGGAUUCUUUGGCAAGGACGCUUUGGUGAGGCAUACUUUGAUCCACACGGGCGAAAGGCCUUUUAAGUGCGAUGACUGCGAUAAGUGUUUCAGGUCAUCUGCAGAAUUGAAGAUACACAGGAGGUACCACACCGGGGAAAGACCGUUCAAGUGCAACAUCUGUGAAAAAGGUUUUGUCCAGUCCUGCUUUUUAACCUUACACAUGCGAACCCACACGGGGGAGAGACCGUAUGUUUGUGCUAUAUGUGCCAAGGCCUUUUCAAGCCUGCACGGCCUAAAAAGACACAGGAGACUUGUUCAUGCGUAGUCAAUGUUAACAUGAUGCUAAUUCCAGUCGGGAUGUUCUGUCUGUUUAACGUUCCCUUUUUUGAAGGAGAUCAGCUGUAGACCUGAACCUGGUUUGACCUCGUUCAAGCACACUUAAAGCAGUGUGGAUGUUGAAGGACAUUCUCCCUAAAAUGUGGCUGUCACAGCUUGAAUCAUUGGGAACUGUGUAAUUGUACAAUGCAUUCUAAAAAUGUAACUUUGUAUUUUUUACAGACUUGUUUGCUGUAGUUCUACAUAAGAUUUGUAUGUAUAAAUGAUAUAAACCUUGUUCCUCUGGGAAUUAUUUUCUUUUUCUUGAAUAAAUUCACCAUUUGAUUCAGG